UUGCUUCCAUGGAGUCAAAUAGCGUAGGGAGUUGGUCUAGGCAUCAAAUGAAGCUAUCGCCUUCUGUCUCCAAUGGUUCUCCAGUUGCCCAUAGGUGUGUCACAGGUAUUAGCAAUGUGGUUUCCCCAUUUGAGAACACCACCAUGUCAUUUGCUCUGAGGUCUGAUGAGGAUUCUUCUAGAUUGCACGUCUUCUGUCUUCAGCAUGCUGCAGAAGUAGAACAGCGACUUCGUCCAAUCGGCGGAGCUCAUAUAUUACUCCUUUGUCAUCCAGACUAUCCUGAGCUAGAGACUGAAGCAAAAUUAGUGGCAGAAGAACUGGGAAUUGAUUAUUUCUGGAAUGAUAUUGCAAUCAGGGAUGCCACUAAAGAAGAUGAAGAGAGGAUACAAUUAGCUCUAGAAAGUGAAGAAGCGGUACAUGGGAAUGGAGACUGGGCUGUUAAGUUGGGCAUCAAUCUCUACUACAGUGUCAACCUAAGCCGCUCUCCUCUCUACAGCAAGCAGAUUCCAUACAACAGUAUUAUAUAUAAAGCGUUUGGACGCCUAACAAAACCGAAGGUUCAUGGGAAGGGUUUCAGCAAACAGAAAAAAAUAGUUGUGGCGGGAAAAUGGUGUGGGAAAGUCUGGAUGUCAAAUCAGGUUCAUCCUUUGUUAGCAGAAAAAGAUACUGAGGAAGAGGAAGAGGAAGAGGAAGAAGAGAGAAGUCUUCAUGCUCGAGCAAAACCUGAUGUGAAACAUGAGAGAUUGUCAGGAAGCACCCACACUGCUGAAACUACUUCUGCAACUAGGAAGACUGGAAAGAAGAGGAAGAAUAAAACAGGUUGUGGGGCAAUCAGGAAAGCUAAAUUCCCGAAAAUAGAGGCUUCGGGUAUAGCUUCAGAUGGUUCACCCGAGGACGGUUAUCAGAAGCGAACGAGAAAUCUUAGAAACAAACAAGUGAAAACAGAGACCCCUCAUCCUCAGAAAAGUUCUGAUUGCAACACAAAGUUCGACUUGUGUGUUGAGGACGAGUUGGAUGGCGGACCUAGCACACGGCUGAGGAAAAGAACCCUGAAGCCUGCAAAAGAGUUGGUAGAGAAACCAAUUGAAUCCAAGCCGGUAUUAAAGAAGCUGACAAGUAGUAGGAAAGCAAAGAAUCCUCCUGCUGUGAAGGCUACAACUGCUCACAGCAACAUGAAGGUAAGAGACGAGGAAGGAGAAUACCAGUGUGACGUGGAGGGUUGCACGAUGAGUUUUGGGUCGAGACAAGAGCUUGCGCUGCACAAACGAAAUGUAUGUCCAGUGAAGGGGUGUGGAAAGAAGUUCUUCUCUCACAAGUAUUUGGUGCAGCACCGGCGUGUUCAUAUGGACGACCGCCCACUAAAGUGCCCUUGGAAAGGGUGCAAGAUGACAUUCAAAUGGGCAUGGGCUCGGACCGAACACAUUAGGGUUCACACGGGUGAGCGUCCUUAUGUUUGCUCCGAGUCAGGCUGUGGCCAGACGUUCCGAUUUGUUUCAGAUUUCAGUCGUCACAAGCGGAAGACGGGUCACUUGGGAAAGAAGGGCAGGGGGUAAGAUUGAAAAAGAAGGAAUGUAAUUUAACAAGGCUGAUGAAACUGUUGUUCAAUUCACAGAAGUAGGUGUAGGAUUAGGGUUAGAAUUUCCCUGUAUUUUUUUUGUUUUUUGUUUUUUUCACAUUACAGUUUCAUUCUGCCUUUGGCCUGGGGGUCUUGAUUGGGUCCUCUAUUUAUUUUGUUCCAUCAGAGCAAUUGCUUGUAUCUCAAAAAGGGAUUGUGUCAAAUUUGAUGCAAAUUGUUCAAGCAAAAUUUGGACUUAAAAUUGGAGUAGACUAUGAUUUCCCUUUUUUA